AUGGCCGAGUCUGCAGAUGGCUCGGAGAAUUCCAGCAUCCCACCAACAGAACCAAUAGAACCAGCAGAACAAAAGAAGUAUUGGGUUCCAACCUCGCUGAGGCGUCCCUAUUUGUUCAGUGUUGCUGCGCUCUACCUGUGCAUGUCCGCUGCAAUUGAAGCGCUUCGUCAAUAUUCCAAUCGUCACCAGGGUCUAGUUCAUCUCUUCUCUUACACGGAACUUGGUACCUUCGCCAUAAGGCUGCCAACAUAUUUGCCAACCGCAUUUGCUGUGCUUGCCUUGUCACUAUGGAAUGUCUGUUCCCUGGACGUGCUGAGGUUAGAGCCGUACUUUCAGUUGGCUAACCCCAAGGGAGCCCCUGGAACGGUGCUGUUCACCAAUUAUUGCUAUUUUUUCGGCAUCUUGGCCCCAAUCACAGCCUUUCGAAACCGGCAUUGGAUUGUGGUUCUGGUAUCAUCUAUUGGGAUGAUUCAACGGAUGGUUUUACCGUCCCUAAUGUCAGGACUUGUGUCGCUUAACGGGGUGAACGUGACCUCAUAUGAACCCGUUUAUACUUGGCCCGAUGUGGUCAGUCUGGAAAGCCAGCGUGAAUGGCUGGCUGAAGAUAGACAUCAUCAUUACAAUAAGACGGAGUUGCACGCCGACACGUUUUUCUUUUAUCGAACUCUCAACUACGCUACACCACCCUCCUCCAGGCCAAUACAUUGGGAACACGCUGCGACUUGGCAACUGAAUCAACCUGCAUACUGGGCCAAUAUGAGUUGCACCGAAGUAACGCUGGAGCACCUUGUUCCCUAUACCUGGAUGUUAUCAAAUUCGACAAAUACCUCUAGCAUGGGCAAUUCAACAGCAUUGGCCUGGAACAUAACCGACGUCGAACUCGAAAAGUCUUCCGAUGGGGAUUAUUACGGAUGUAAACUGGAUUUCUUCUUGAAUAGCUACUUGCCAGACCGCAAAGGAUCAUUUCAAUUACGACACUGGGAACCACUGGAUCCAGAUGCUAAUAUCAACUCAACAUCGACCUCUCAUCGGACCGGGUGUGAUUCGUUUUCUUCAGUUGGUCUUAUUAUCAAUCUGAACUCCACAUCAUCGGGUAACUUCUCAUCCAAUGCUACGGUUUUUGGAUGCCGGAGCACAUAUAUGCAUGCGAUGGCGGAGCUCUCGCUUCUCGCAAAUACCUCGGUCGCGAGUGUUGCAGGUCUAUCCAAAACAAAAACCAACAUGACCUCAUCACAGCUUGAUAUAUCAGGCAUUGAGAGGAGCAUGUUCAGAAGGUACCAAGAUGGGGAGCUUACGGUGUGGGGUCAUGGAUACAAUCAUUCCCACUCAGAUUUGACUGGAUCGACUGGAGCGAAUGGGUCAUUGAUCAGUCUUCUCAGUCCCUCAAGCGUUGGCCAAUACGAGCAGGACGUGGGUCAUCUUUGGAAUCAACAUUUCACUCUUUGGAUGAACAAAUUCUUCAACACCACGAAUACCCCCUUGCGGAUUAACGCACAGCAAACUACCAUUAGGCUGGUUUAUAGCGUGAGCUCUCACGCCGCCAUAGUCACGGAAUCAAUCCUCAUGAUAUCCCUUGCCCUGCUUGGUUUCAUUUCAUAUAUGUACCCGCGCCGGCCCAACUUUCUUCAAGCCGACCCUGGAUCGAUUGGAGCACAGUGCGCAAUCAUAACAGAUAUGUUCAUUUCGACAGCCCCGGUGAUCAAAUCAGGCAUCGACUUCCAAACCGCUACACCACGACAGCUUCGCCGCUUUGCUAGAUCGCUUUGGUGCCGGUGGACAGAUACACCCGAAGGAAGCCAGAUCGACAUCAUCUCGUGCGAAGGGCAUGUUGCAGCUCCAAGUUCUCGCAUGCCCCGGCUGCGAAAUCUUGCUCAAGCCAGACGUACAGGAGAGCAACCACGACAGCCACGGUCCAAUGCAAAACCUCAUUUUGUCAAGACGCCCUGGUUUCUACUCGAAUGUAUCGCACUCGCUGGGAUUCUUGCUGCAUUUGGAGUUUCUUUCCAAUAUGUCCACCUGGACAAAUUAGACACGCCCACCGCUGGUGCGACAGUUCUCUACCUUUACCUAAUAUACGGACCCACGGCUAUUGCCUCUGUUAUUAGUUCCCUCUUUAUCUCGGUUCAUCGCCAUUUAGGGAACUUGGAGCCCUGGGUUCAACUCAAAGAGGGCGCGGCUUUGGCGCGCGAGUCUCUGAAUGUGAACUAUGGCUCCAAAACGCCCAUCACCAUAUGGAAACAGUUCCGCAGAACUGCGCCUCCUAUUAUGGUGAUGUUAUCCUUGGUCUGUAUGGUUGACUACUUUUUAACUGUGGUCAGCAGUGGAAUGUUUGAACCAUCAGUCGAGAAUUGGUCUGAGAUCACCCAGGAUUUGAUGCCCCAAUAUUACAACUCCUACUUUCUGAACCCUGAAGUUAGGGUUGACUUCCAUGGCUAUAACAUGAUCGAAGAUACCCUGUCUACCAGCUCUUCUAUAUUGGCAUGGACGACUGCGAAUAUGUCCUAUGUGCCUUUCAACAUAAAAGAAUCCGAUGAAUUUGCGGACUGGAAGAUGUAUACGGCACGAACACGCGGAAUUGGGGUUGAUCUUCAAUGCACAGAGAUUCUUUCCAGCAAUUCUGACCUGGUUUCCGAGAACCAAACUUGGACCUAUACCCCCGCUGCCAGCUUCGGUGAUACCAAAUGUACAGCGGUGUUUCGAAAAACCAAACGUCACCGUCAUGCUUUCAAUGAAUCGACUUUUGUGAUUUCUCCCGACGAAUCAAACAUCUCAUGCCAAAGAUCUUUCGUGCUUGUGAGCUAUGCAGGAGGCACUGGGGUUAGCACGGUUUCUGCAGAUCCGACAGUGUUUCACUGCUCGCCAGAAGUCCAGAUCCAAGAUUUUGACAUUGAUUUCAGCCCUGAAGGAUUGAUUCAAUCUUCCACACCGGUAUCUGGUAGUAGGAUCACCAAUGGAACGAUGUUCCAAAAUGCAUCGGACAGCCUGGCAGCGUUCACCCAAGCCUUCACUAGACACCACCACGGACCGGCUCUUGUGACAUGUGAACUAUACGAAACCUCCAAACGACCCUUUUCAUCUAACGACAAAACCGCUCUGACCCGCGCUGUCAAGCUUGUCUACCAAUCAACCUUCAGCAUGCACACAUCACUUUGGCAGAAUCUGUACUUCCUCGCUCUCCCCGCUGAACAGCAGAUAAUUCCAGUGCAUGGCACCCUCUCAGCCGCGGAAUGGGAAAUUCCAGCAUCUGACACGACAAUUGCCAUCAUGAUCAUCAUCCUUUCUUUUGAUUUUGCUGUUCUUAUAGUCGUCUUCUGGCUCCGACGGAAAUACUACAACGGCCCGCCCAUCCCGCGGUCACUCGGCGCUUUGAUGCCGUGGAUUGCACAAAGCCGCAUGCUAUCCGACAUCCGGGGCACGGUGGAUUGGUCCGGAACUGAACGGCGCCAGCACCUCGAGGCACUUGGUCGGCGAUACCGGUUCGGGGAAUUUGAUCCCCCGAGUGGGGAGAGUGGAUCGGGGAAAGUGGCUCUUGACUAUGAUGAGAAGACGACGGAAGAUGGCCUGGAGGAGGAGUAUGAAUUAGGGGAUAGGGUUGAUUCGGGUCUUGCUGAACCGAUAGAUCCGUUGGAGGUCUCGUUGGCUACGGUCGGAUCGGAGUCAAUGCUUGUCGAUAAUGCUACACAUAAUACUGCACAUAGCGCUUAG